GGCAGCUAGUAAAUAAUGACUCAUAGUCGACAAGACACGGCAACCAAUCAGAGAGUUAAUUAUAAUUUUUAAAGUUAGUCACUUGUUACCAUUCGUAGUGUAAAGUCGUACCAAUAUUUAAAUCAGAUACAAUGAGCGGAAUUGUAGCAGUUGGACCUGAGCCUAGCAGGAUAGUUUGUCCGUCAUGUCGGGCCACAAUCGUCACUAGAAUAGACCGGAAGGCAACUACUAAGACACAUCUUAUGGCGUGCUUUCUCUUUAUAUUCUUAUGCUGGCCCUGUAUUUGCGUCCCUUACUGUAUGAAUUCUUGCCAAAACGCCGAUCACUACUGCCCAAAUUGCAACGCUUACCUCGGAACAUAUCAAGGUUGAUUCUCUACAAAGAUAUGAAUUCUACGAUUUUAAGGUGUAUGUUUAUAUAUAUUGCUAUUAAUCAUAAUAUUUUCUAAUACACAAUAAAUAAAACGUAUUUAAAACUAUGAUCGUUUAUUGCAAUAUGUAGAUUAUAAGGCACUUAAAUGUUCCAUUGUUUGUGUACUAAGUACAUCAUGCUGUGUUUGAGUAAUUUUAUCAUUACCCGAAAAUCACGGCCCAGUGCUCAAAUGAUUUAAACUAUUCUAAUGUAAGAUUGCGUCAGCCCGAGCUUACUAAACGUACCAAAAUUCAGUACAGUUUCACGUAUUUCUCUUUGUGUGUGGCUUAAAUUUACCAGACGUAAAAUAUAAGUCCAGAGUGGAAUAGAAUAGAGGAAAUGGAGCGGUUAUCUAAAGUCGCGGUGCUGGCCGCUGUUAGGGUUGCCAGGGCAAUUUGAAAUUAUUUGUUGUCUAAUGUUAAAAAGUGGGAUAAAAAUUUGCAACACCUAGAUACCAAGACGAAGAAUAAAACUCAAACGUUCUAUUUAUGAUAUAUAACAUAUUUUGUUAAUAAGCUACCCGGGCUUCUAACUAUGAAUAAAAAUGUAAUCUCAUUUUUAUAUAUUUAAACUUUGAAAUUGAAAUUAAAUGAAAUUACUUUUUUGAUGUUUGUACUUUUUGUAAUAUGUGGUAAAUGUUACCUUAUUAUUGCUUACUUUGUGUAGUAUAUCCUACAUCGAAUAAAAGUUAAAAUAAUUAGUUUGUUUUUUGUACUAAAACCAUUUGGAUUUUUCUUUAACAUAAGACAUAGAAAAUUACUGUUGAAAUGGAAUUAUAUUUUAAGUAAGUACUUAAUACAUACUUCUUAACGCAACCGCAGAUACAGAUUGUCGGAUUUUAAGUGUCCCCAAACUACCAAUUUUUUUUGCGACAUAUGUUAAAAUAAAACACUUAAACUAACAUAACCAAUUAACCAAUUCUCAAAGUUUAGACGAACUUAAUCUAGUGGCGGUAGCGUUAAUAUGUAAGUAUGUAUAUAUAUUAUGCGAAGAACCAAACAAUAUAUUUAUAUGUUAUUAGGUAGUUCUAUUUAUUAUACAUUUUAAUAUGUUUAUAGUUAUUUGGUGACCCUAACUGCAAUAUGUUAUUUAAGUUUAUAAAAAGUUAAUGUACAAAAUAUCUCCAUUGGUUUUAUUUUAUUAUGUAAAUUAUUUAUCUUAUUUAGAUACAUGUUGUGUAUUUAAAUUUAAUGAUAAGAUUUGCUAAUUGAUUUUAUUAUAGCCCUAAUUUAAAACGGUUUGUAUAGUGCAAUGUUUACAAUAUUAUUAUUUGUAAAGGGUAAAGUUAAUUAUGGUGUUGAACAUAUAUCAUUUAUAUCAAAUAUCAAUCUCGGAAAAAUCGAUCUAUAACUUACCUGUCAAUGGAAAACUAAUUGUAUAGUGAGAUGAAUAACAAUAAAGAUUUUUUAAAUUA